GCGGGGAAGCGACUCUACUUGGGGACGCCUGGCUCGGCGGCUGCGGCGAGAUGAGCGGCAAGGAAGGAUCAGGUGGCUUCAGAAAACGAAAGCACGAUAAUUUUCCACAUGGUCAAAGAAGAGAGGAAAAAGAGAAUGUUAAUCCUUCUUCUCCUUUGAUGACAUCUUUUAAAUCAUUUCAGCUGGAACUCGACACCAGGCAUGAUAAGUAUGAACGGCUUGUGAAGCUCAGUCGUGAUAUCACAAUCGAAAGCAAAAGAACAAUAUUUCUACUCCACAGGUAUAUCAGUGCUCCCAAUGGUGAAGAAGUACUAAAUGAAUCAGAGGUCAAGUUAGAUGGUGUCAGACGGAAGAUUAAGCAGGUUGCACAAGAGCUGAUAGGUGAAGACAUGUAUCAGUUUCACAGAGCUAUAUCUCCAGGACUUCAAGAAUAUAUUGAAGCUGUUUCAUUUCAGUAUUUUAUCAAAACCCGAUCUUUAAUUAGUGUUGAAGAGAUCAACAAACAACUAAUAUUUACAGCAGAAGACAGAGAAGAAACAACAAACAUGACCUCCAGUUCCCAGGAUAAACAGCCACACACUUGGAGCCUGAAGGUGACACCUGUAGAUUACCUGCUGGGAGUGGCUGAUCUAACCGGAGAGCUGAUGCGACUGUGCAUCAGCAGUGUUGGCAACGGUGACAUCGACACACCUUUUGAACUGAGCCAGUUCUUACGUCAGAUUUAUGACGGUUUUACUUUCAUUGGCAACACUGGACCUUAUGAAGUAUCCAAGAAACUGUACACUUUGAAACAGAGUCUGGCAAAAGUAGAGAAUGCCUGCUACACGUUAAAAGUACGGGGCUCUGAAAUCCCAAAGCACAUGUUGGCUGAUGUGUUCUCCACCAAAACAGAAUUGAUUGACCAAGAGGAAGGCCUUUCUUAAAAUAAGGAGACUGUCACAGUCCAUAAGAGGAGAGGACUUACACAGAGAAAUCUUGUUAGUUAUGAUUUUUAGGUUUUUGACCCUCAACACUUUUUAGAUAGAGACAUUUUUAGUUUUAUCUACGAGAAGAUUGUUUGCAAUAGUGAUUUGUAACCAAAAAUACUUUUUUAUGGUGUGCAAGAGAACAAAUGUUUGACUUUGUCCUCUCGGCAUGGAAUUUCCUGUAUUGCUCCAUUGUAUCCUCUUUCAGAACGACCAAAUGUUCCACUGCGUUUUGCACCAGUGACUGUCAGUAGUGCCAGUCACCUUGAACAGGUGUGAUUGCUCUUAUCACUAAUUAGCAGUGGAAAAAAAUGGUCAGGUACUGGUUGUUCAGCAUUAUCUGUAGGUUUUUGCUGAGCUUUGUUUUCUGACUGUUUGGGUUCUAUCUUCACAUUGUAUCUAAAAUAGCACACCUACAUGGGUGAAAGUUCGACCUUUGACUUGAAGCUGAGGUGGUCUUGAAACUGAAGCUAAGUCAGCUUUUCUCCAGUUGGUAAUGAGGCUAAUUGCACCAGGCAUGUAUUACUGUGUACUCAUCAUUCUGGGACUCGGUUAAAAUUGAGCUCUGUUUUAGUUACACAGAUUCUUUAGAUAUUUUGAUAUGAGUUAGGAAAUCAUUUAAAAAUGUGGAACUUAAUGGUUUACAUUUUGGUAACACGUUUUAAUGCAGAAUCUGCCACUUUUGUAGACAAAAGCAGAAGAAAGAUCUGCCAAGUAUACUUAACACACACAAAUUGGUUAAGGCAAGAGCUUCUUGAACAAAACCAAUGAGGCUUUGUGCUGGAAGUCUGUUCUCUGGUGUUUGUGCUGCCCUGAGGACCUCCAGUGGGGCUGAGCUGGUAGAAGUAUAGGAAGGGCCAGCAAAGCUUUAAAUAUCUGUUAGCAGGAACUAUAUCAUGUGCAUGUUCCUAUGGAAAGGAAAUUGCAAACAGAAAUAAGGCAGACAUUCUGACUUCCAGGUUUAUCUUUGAGGUGGGUAUGUCACCGCUGGCAGAAAAUCAGGGCUUUCUGCCGGUGUCUGAAGUUAUGGAAGUCUGAUAAUGUACGUUAUGCUAAAGGAAAACAGAUAAAACAACAUGAUCUUUAGACUCCAGGAAAUAGGCCUCCCAACUGCAAUUGAAAAUACUGCAUGUUUUUUAUUUUCACUUCCAUAUGCUGUGAUAGUGCCAAUAUUUUUCCCAUGAGCAUGUCCUGAGUAGCACGGAUCAUCUGAUACAUGGACAGGAAUGGGUAAAUAUAUUUCUGUCACAUUUUUCCAUUGUUUCCACAUAAAGCAAUAUGUGGUGGGUGCUUUAUUUUCUUCCUAUUAUUCCUUUUUUUUUUUUUUUUUUUUUUUUUAACAAUAAAUUCUGAAAGCAGUCACUGC